CAUACAUUUCGCCUCGUGGUCACUUAACAGUAAAUAGAGGAGUUGAAGCAAGAGAAAACGAGAUCGCCAAUAUUCGCUUAGAAGCAGAACCGUUGAGCUCGAGUCGUGCGCUUACUGAAUGCAGCCAAAGCCAUGCAAGUGGUGCAUUGGCUGCUGGCGACGCGCCGACUCUACCGUCUUCACCACCAUCUAUAUGCGAUCAAUCUGCUUCUUACGUGGUAGUGCAGAAACAGAGGGGGAGGGUAGGAACGCGCCUGCCUGCUGCCUCCAGCCCCACCGCUGUAUUUCCGUGCCAAACGACGCCAGGUGGCGAAAACAACACCAUCCCGGCUACAGUUUUGUUAGCUUGCCCGGCCUUUGCUGCACUACAUCAGCAAUCUUGGGACAAAGCCCGAUCACUACUCGAUACGGGCAAACAAGUCGGUACGCCGUUUCCUGGUGACAUGGCAGACGGAAAGUAUGCUAAUACAGUCCUACAGGACAAAAACAAAAACGAGAAAAAAUCAAGGAAAUCCUUGUGGAAAAAAAUGUGCGAUACAAAAAGACAAGGUCUAGAAUUAUUUGACAGUGAUCAAGGACCCGACCGCAUUGAGGUAUACCACUUUGAAAAGACCAAUGAAUAUCUGUGUGCGCGGGACGCCACAGGAAUAACGCACGUGGAGCGUGCGGCUCGAUACCUCCGGCGACCCGCCACUGCCUUGCUGUCUGAGCUACUGGCCGUGCCGCGCGUUCUGAUUGCCGUACCGGUUGCGAUAGUAUUGCAGAUUGAAAGGUGCAUAUUAUUGGGAGUGCGCAGCGUAAUGACGGGUGCUCUACAGGCCGCGUCGGAUCAGUUGCUGAAACCGACUUUAGCAUUAGCUUUUAACGCGAUAGUGCAGCCGCCUUUAGUAUUCGCAACACAAACGGCUAGCGCGCUUCGCGAAGUCAUGCGUCCUGUCACACUCGCACUUGGCGACGUUCUUGAGCCAUUCACACGCCUGGUAUCUUCACUGCGCCUCAUCCAUAUAGAACGUCGAUGUACAUGUACUCACCAAGUGUGAACUGCUUAUUGAAUCUUUUUCGCCACAUAUAUCAAAUGAUAAAAAAAGA